AUGAACCCUCAUGUUCUAUUCGCCAGAAUCGGCAAGAAGAACUGUACGGUCAAGACGUUCGCGGCCACAGGAGCUGAGAAUGAGAGCGGGCCGGACGGUCGUAUGAGUACGGGUACCAUCAUCCGCGUGGUCGUGGCCUUAGUGGUCUUCCUCCUCGUGUUCAUCAUCGUCAUCUGUGUUGCCUGGCCGCACCACCGCAAGUCUCCGGGUCCUGAACGCAGCCCGCAGAGCCAGCGUCGCAGCGGGGCGCACAUUGCGUCCAUUCCGCGUGCGCGCAUUUCGAACAACCUCCGCAGACAGCCCUCAGCCAUAUUCAUCCCUGCCCCGCCGUACGAGCCCGCACCACCGUCCUACUCCUCGCUAUUGCUAGCACCGUCGUAUGGCGGCCGGCCGCCCACGGGUGACGACCCGUCCGCGGAGAGCAUAUCCAUGGCGGGCGUGUCCCCUUCGCUCAGCCACUCGACCGGAAUCCUCGACGCGGCCCGCUCGAGCGCGCCUUUGCAUUCAGAUCCGGGCGCCGAGGUGCAGCUGCCGCCGCAGGCGCACACGGCCGUCGGCGCUCUCACAUAG